UCAGCCAAGAGAACUAGAGACGGAUACAGAGAGAGAGAGAGAGAAAAGGGGAAGCCGAAACCUCCUGUUGCAGUUUGCCGUCUGUCUGAAGAAGUAAAAGAAGAACUGCUGUCCACAGUGUUUAUUUGUAGGUCAUGUUGCCACAGUGUGUGAGAGCGCGGAGUAUAAGUGGACGUCCAGAAGGGCCGUAUCGGGCGGUAGAAAGCAUAGAUGCUCUCGCUACACAGGACUUUGAGGGCGUAGACACGCUGGACAAACUUUUUGCUCAUGCUGUGAAGAGAUUCAGUCAGGAACCCUGUCUCGGCACCAGAGAAGUCCUUGGUGAAGAAGAAGAAAAACAAGCCAAUGGGAAGAUCUUUAAGAAGGUGGUCCUUGGAGAAUACAGCUGGAUGACCUAUGAAGCGGUCGGCCAAGCAGUGGAAUCUUUUGGCAGUGGUCUGGCAGCUUUGGGUCAACGGCCAAAAAAUACCAUCGCCAUCUUCUGUGAGACACGGGCAGAAUGGAUGAUCGCAGCUCAGGCCUGCUUCAGACGCAACUUCCCAUUGGUUACGCUGUAUGCAACUCUGGGUGAAGAUGCUGUAGCUUAUGGGCUGAAUCAGUGUGGAGCCACUCAUCUCAUCACCAGCACAGAACUGUUGCAGAGCAAACUGAAGAAUGUUUUGAGCGUACUCUCAGGUUUGCAGCAUGUUAUCUAUGCAGGCAGUGAAGUAUGUCACGCUGAUUACCCACAGUCUCUCACCAUUCACAGUGUGCAAGAAGUAAUGAAGCUUGGGGCAAAGCCAGAGAACUUAAGUGAAGAGUAUGAGAGGCCGACUGCAUCUGAUCUCGCAGUGGUUAUGUAUACCAGUGGGUCUACUGGGCUGCCUAAAGGGGUUAAGAUGCAACACAGUAAUCUAAUUGCAGGAAUGGCGGGUCAGUGUCAGCGGAUCCCGGGCCUGGGGCCACAGGACUCAUAUAUAGCUUAUCUCCCAUUGGCUCAUGUGCUGGAGCUGACUGCAGAAAUAUCCUGUGUGACGUAUGGCUGCAGGGUCGGAUACUCUUCCCCACACACACUCACUGACCAGUCCAGUAAAAUAAAGAGCGGCGGUAAGGGAGAUUGCUCUGUGCUCAAACCCACCCUGAUAGCUGCAGUACCGGAGAUCAUGGAUCGUAUCUGCAAGAAUGUUAAUGGGAAGUUGAGAGAGAUGUCAGUGCUUAAAAGGACUUUGUUUAAAGUGGGAUACAACUAUAAACUGCAGCAGGUGUCACGAGGAUCUGAUUCUCCGAUGUGUAACAUGUUGAUCUUCAAGCAAGUGAAUAUGCUGCUGGGUGGGUGUGUACGCCGGAUGUUGUGCGGAGGGGCUCCACUGUCUGCUUCCACACAUAGAUUCAUAAAUGUGUGUUUCUGCCCCGUCGCUGUGGGUUACGGCCUUACAGAGACGUGUGGAGCAGGAACUAUCUCAGAUUCUUCUGAUUACAGUACAGGACGUGUUGGAGCUCCUCUCAUUUGCUCUGAAAUAAAACUCAGAGACUGGCCUGAGGGUGGAUACACCAGUCAGGAUAAGCCACACCCACGAGGGGAGAUUUUGUUUGGUGGACCGAAUGUUGCCAUGGGAUACUAUGGGAGUGAGGGGGAGGGAGAAAAUGACAACUUCUGGCUGGACGAGGCGGGGCAGCGCUGGUUUUGUACCGGAGAUGUCGGGGAAGUUCAUCCAGACGGUUGUCUGCAGAUUGUGGAUCGUAAGAAGGACCUGGUAAAGCUGCAGGCAGGUGAAUAUGUGUCUCUGGGAAAGGUAGAAGCUGCCCUGAAAAACAGCCCCCUCAUUGAGAACAUCUGUGUCUAUGCCAGCAGUGACCAGAACUACUUGAUCAGCUUUGUGGUGCCCAAUCAGAAGCAACUAACUGAGCUAGCAAAUAAGAGUGGGAUCGAGGGCGAGUGGGAGGAGCUUUGUAACCACACCAUGAUGGAGGAGGAAGUCCUUAAAGUCAUCAAAGAGAUUGCAGUAAAAAAUAAACUGGAAAAGUUUGAGGUUCCACAGAAGAUCCGAUUAAGUUCUGAGGUAUGGACUCCAGAAACAGGGCUGGUGACGGACGCCUUCAAACUAAAGAGAAAAGAACUGAAAAAUCAUUAUAUAAAGGACAUUGAGAGGUUAUAUGGGACUAAAUGAUGCACACUCCUCUAGGUUGAUUUCCAAUUGUAGUAAUUCUAAGCUUCCUAGUUUACUACCCCCCAAAGUAUACAGAUGUAUAUCACGUGUAUUGUAUUGUCUUCCAGUCUUGCUCCAUAAAGUAGACAUGAUAAAAGUAUGCCAAUUGGGGUUCAUCAAAAGGCACACUUAUUGCCAAUUCUGUUUAUCUCAGUAGAAACAUCAUUCUGCCUCCUGCUGGAUAUAUAUAGUAUUUACAUCUUGGAACAUUUUUAUUUAUUGGCAAUAAAAUGUGAAUGUAGUUGUGUUAUAUUUGGUUUUGUAUUUUUUACUUUAAAAGGUGCCAUAAAGCAUAGCUAUGUUACAUAUUCUUAUAAUUUUUUAAAUAUUGUGCCACCUGUACUUGAAAGUGUUAAGUGGUAAAUGUCACAUUUUUAGUUGCUCAUUGUGAUAGAGUCAGUCGAACAAAAGCUGAUGUAGUGUUGUUUAGUGUGAUUUACUUAUUGCUAAAGGUUAAGAGUAGUAACUCUCACUCAAAACCUGUAGAAAUACAACUGGGAACUGUGUAAACUACAAUAUUAUGUGGUAUGAGUUUAUGUUUACAUAUGUAUGGGAAAUAUGUUUUUUUUAAUCUGUAUACUAUAUAUAUAUUUUUGAAAUCAAUCGAUUUUCAUGAUGUUUUUACAUUUUAUCUCUAGUUCCGAUGCACAUGGUAUAUGUGGUGCUAUGAACCCAAUGUCAUUGUGUAAUGUCGUGUGUUAGAGAUAAAACUGGGAAGUCAUAUUUGUCGCGUUGAGCUAUAGAUUAUAUUGCAUUUUUAUUUUUUAAUAACUAUAUCCCCAUUUCACAAUAUUAAUUUUUUGCCAUUAAUAGUUUCUUGUGUGAUUACGUUUUUUUGAUAAAUGUAAAAAAACGUUUAUUUAUAUGCCUUAUACUUGUGAAUUUUGUAAAAAAAUAAAUAAAAUAUAUUCCUGACAG